GAUAGGACGGACUGGCCGGGCAGGCAAAUCUGGUCUUGCAACAGCCUUCUUUAAUGACAAGAACUUGCCCAUUGCAAAAGAGCUCGUUGAAUUGAUGCAAGAAGCUAGCCAGCAAGUCCCCACUUGGCUCACUGAAUAUGCCCAGAGAUCUUGUGAGGGCAGCAAUCGGUCAUCCAACCAUGACUAUUACAGAAACAACGGCUUUGUGGAUGACAGCUCUAGCCAAUAUGGCACUUCUAUGGAAGCGCCAUACGAUGAUCAUUUUGCCUCUUCAUCAGGUGGGGCAACCACAUUGAAUUCACCAUAUGCUACUGAUUCGUAUGGUGGGGUGACUGCCUGCGGCUGGGAUUAUUAA